GUGGCGAAGUUCAUGGGACGAGUGAGGGUUGGAAGAGUAACAUUUGAUCCAGAACGUAUAGUCAUGGCCGGUGGAGCCACCGGAGCAAACGAGCAAAUCAUCUUCUGUUUAGCCGACCACGGAGAUGCUUUUCUUGUACCCUCACCUUAUUAUCCUGCGUUUGAUCGGGACCUGGGAUGGCGCACUGGAGUUGAAAUAGUUCCAGUUCACUGCGAUAGCUCAACCAAAUUCCGGAUAACCAGGGCUGCGUUGGAAGAAGCAUAUGAAAAAGCUCGACAAUCCAACAUUAAUAUCAAAGGCUUGCUCAUAACAAACCCCUCAAAUCCACUUGGCAUCAGCCUGGACAGAGAUACACUCAAAAGUUUAGUGAACUUCAUCAAUGAAAAGAACAUUCACCUUGUGUGCGAUGAAAUAUAUGCUGCCACUCUCUUCUGUUCUCCCAAGUUCAUAAGCAUCGCCGAAGUUAUCCAAGAAAUGGAUUGUGAUCGAGAUCUCAUUCACAUUGUUUACAGUUUGUCUAAGGACAUGGGCCUCCCUGGCCUUAGGGUUGGCAUCGUUUAUUCUUAUAAUGAUGCAGUUGUCAGCUGUGGCCGCAAGAUGUCAAGCUUUGGUUUAGUGUCCUCUCAGACACAAUUUUUACUCGCUUCAAUGCUCUCUGAUGAUGAGUUUGUUGAGAAGUUUCUGGCGGAGUGCUCAAAGAGGCUGGUGAAAAGGUACCAUGUUUUCACAAAGAGACAUGAACAAGUGGGAAUUAGUUGCUUGAAGGGAAAUGCAGGUCUUUUCUUCUGGAUGGACUUGCGACACCUCCUGCAACAACAAACCUUCGAAGCUGAAAUGAAACUAUGGCGCACCAUUGUGAAUGAUGUGAAGCUUAAUGUUUCACCCGGCUCUUCCUUUCAUUGCCAAGAGCCUGGUUGGUUUCGGGUGUGCUUUGCAAAUAUAGAUGAUGGGACAGUGGAUAUUGCACUGAAAAGAAUUGAAGCAUUUGUGCCUCAAAGCAAAGUUGCAAAUACAGCAACAAAGAAAAACUGACAGCCAAUUCUUCGUCUCAGCUUCAAGUCAAGGAUAUGUGAACAGGGUGUUUUGUCGCCCCAUAUAAUGUCUCCUCACUCACCAAUUCCUGACUCACCAUUGGUUCCAGGCUUAA